GCUCACUUCAAUAACCUCUCUAUUUCGCUGUCAAGUUCAAAAUUCAGGGUUAAUUUGUUCAAAACAAAAAAUCCUUAAAAUACUCUAAUUUUCGAUGUGAGAUGGCGAAAUAUAUAGCCCAAAUAAUAGUCGUUGGAGCUCAAGUGGUGGGUAGAGCAUUUGCAAGAGCUAUAAAGCAGGAGAUUGAGGCCUCGCAAGAAGCGGCGAAACGCAUGGGAAAUGGUAAAACGAGAACUGAAAGAUUGGCAAAUCACAAAUUGGGCCUAUCUCUAGAUGAAGCUAAGCAAAUAUUGGACGUAUCAAACUUAGAUAAAGAAGAAAUAUUAAAAAGAUACGAUCAUUUAUUCAAAGUUAAUGAUAAAUCCACCGGUUGUGGUUCAUUCUAUUUGCAAUCAAAAAUAGUUAGAGCCAAGGAGAGAUUAGAUUUAGAAUUGAAUAGUCAAGGAAAAGACAAGGAGCCUCAAAAAGAAACUGAUGAUACUUCACAAGCAAAGACCUAAAUGAAAAUGCAUAGUAGUACGCUGUAGGCAAAAUAAUUUUGAAUUCUUUCAAAAUAUCAUUUGGAAGACAUCUGUUGUAUAUAUUUGAAAGAUUGUAUAUACAAUUGAGCUAAGUCUAUUAUAUAUUUAUUUUAAAAA